AACGGAAAAGUAAACAUUCCCUUUUCUCUAUCUUUCUUCUCCUUUAUAAAAGUAAACAUUCCGUGAUAUUUAUUCUGCUUCCUCUCUAGGCCAUUCUUCUUUAACCUUCACCAACCCCACACCCUACACUUGUGUCGUUCUGAUUAGCAACCCAACUGUUACAUAAGGAGCAAGAAGGAAAGACGCUGAAGGAACAGAAGAGAGAUCAAGAUCAGAAACAAUGGUGAAGGAUAGGAGGAUUGGUGUGGCCAUGGACUUCUCCAAGAGCAGCAAGAACGCUCUUCAAUGGGCUAUUGACAACUUGGUCGACAAAGGUGACACCCUACACAUCAUCCACAUCAACAACAACAAACACGAUGAGUCUCGCAACGUCCUCUGGGCCAAAUCUGGUUCUCCUCUUAUUCCAUUGUCUGAGUUUAGAGAGCUCGAGGUGAUGAAAAAGUAUGGUGUGCCGACUGAUAUGGAGGUGCUUGAUAUGCUUGACACUGUUUCUAGGCAGAAAGAGGUGACCAUUAUUACAAAGGUGUACUGGGGAGAUGCAAGGGAGAAGCUUCUUCAAGCAGUUGAGGAUCUGAAACUAGACUCUUUGGUGAUGGGAAGCAGAGGACUUGGCACCCUCAAAAGGAUUGUACUUGGAAGUGUGAGCAACUAUGUGAUGACACAGGCUCCAAUCCCUGUGACCAUCGUCAAGGACUUUCCCAAUUGAUGAUCACAAACCUGGCUUUAGGGCUGUCCAUGAUCGAUCAAGCUAUCAUCAACAAACAUUGGGGCAUUUCUGAGCUUUUAUGCUUUACUUGAUCUUGGUGUCAUCAAGUUGCUCAAAUUAUAAUACCCAGAUACUAUUAGUCUCUGUUUUGAAGAAUAAUGCAUGCUAUCUGGCUCCAUUUAGAUCUGCUUUUAUGUAUUAACAUUUCUGUCUUGCUGUCAUUAUGCGCAAUUAUGAGUUUUCCAUUACAUUCCUUUAUGAGCCAUGCCUCAAUAAUUAUAUUUCUUGCAGAAUAAGAUCCAUGUUUUCAGUAAAAGUAAUGCAAUGUUUCUGGUAGAAAGUUAUAAUAUCCUUCAAGUAAAUUACCAAUUAAAUACC